AUGAUCGCGACCAACAUGAUCAAGGAUGUGCGAGUCCCUCUCAAGUCGGGUGGAGCAACUACAUGUCGAGGAUGUCAACAAGGGAAAAUGGUCCAAAAACCAUUUCCAAGCAACCGAGACAAGCGCAGCUACGAUACGUUUGUGCUGCUUCAUCUGGACAUCUGCGGGCCCAUGGAAAAGGAUUCGCUCGGUGGCAGCAAAUAUUUGCUGCUGAUCAUCGACGAAGCCAGUGGAUGCAUGAAGGGAUUUUGUCUACGAGUGAAAUCCAAGAGUGAAGACUACAUCCGGAAAUAUAUCACCAUGGUACAGACGCAAUUCUGUAAGAAGGUCAAGUUCGUGCGACACGACGGAGCUCGCGAGUUUGCAACCAACUCGCUUCAGCUGUUCUACGAAGACGAAGGCAUUGAACAGCAGACAACGGUGCCGUAUGCACAUCAAACAAACGGAACAGCAGAGCGUGCCAUUAGGACUAUUGUCACGAUCGGCCGCAGCAUGCUUCAUCAUGCCAAACUGGACAAGUGUUUCUGGGACGAAGCAGCGAUGACGGCCAUCUACGUCAAGAAUCGACUGCCGUCACCUAGAGUCGUGCACAAGACCCCGUUUGAGAUCGUCUACAACUUGAAACCAAGCGUCAAGCACAUGCGAACAUUCGGAUGUCAGACGUACAUACUGACGCCUAAAGAGAAUCGACUCAAGUGGGAUCCAAAGGCUCGCGCUGGCAUAUUCGUGGGCUACGAAGAAGUUUCAAAGGCAUAUCGUGUUUAUGACAUCGAGGCGGGGCAGGUGGUUAUCAGCCGCGAUAUCAACUUCGACGAGUCCACCUUUGGACUUCAACUGCCGAUCACUGAUGAAGAUGUCGAUGACCUGGACUUCGAAUUGCUGGAUCUUGAUGACGAAGAGCUGCGUCAAAUGGAGUACAAGCAAACAGGCAAGCGCAAGAACCGACUCAAUGAUGAAGAUACAGCAGCUCCACGACCGCGUGCAGUGCGUCAACGACCAGGACUAGAAGAGUCAAGCGCGCCGGAAAACAACUCGUCACGCCAAGAAGAAGACGAAGAAACGAAGGAUUCUGGUGAUUCAACACCGCCUGUGUUUUGGCGUGCGAGUGCAAAUGCCGUUGAAGCAGCAGUGGACUUAUCAGAGCCCUCAACAUUUGAAGCAGCAGUAAGCGGCCCUGACCAAGUGCACUGGAGAAAAGCAAUUCAUGCGGAGCUCGAGUCAAUGCGACUUCGUGGAGUGUUUCGUGCAACCAAGUUUGCCCAACGGACAGCGUGCCAUUGGUACCAAGUGGAUCUUCAUGAUCAAGCGUAA